UCUCAUUUUCAGGGAUAUGCCAAGCACUUCUCCCAUAAUUAAGAACGAAAAAUAGCUAACUAGGUGCUUCUUAACCUUGGAUAUUCGUUGUGUUAUUAUAAUGGUGACUUUCCUGUCAAUAUUUUAGCUGUUAUUUAUUUUGGUUGAUGAUAGUGGACUGUUUUUGACGAUCAUCAUGCCACAGAGUAUAGGGUCUUCAUCUAGGCUCUCUGGUAGCUCCCGUUCACGUCGCUAUCGCACCCGUGCACUCACCUCUCAUGUGGAUGAGAGCCUCUUUGGAACCCAAAAACAGGCUCUGUCAGCCUGCAAUGUCAAGGACACUGAGAGGGGUGGCCGGUUUGGACCCAGGGGCCAGUCCAGGUCUGCUCCAAGUCAGAAGACUCAGAAACUAGAGACAGUUCGCAUCAUCACAAAGGACCUCAUCCGAGACCUGAAGAUCCCAAGUAAGGAUCCGUCUGGGUUGUCUGUCAUCCUCCGCCCAACUGAUAUCGAGCGGAUAGCAACAGCUUCUCUGGUUUCAACCAAGGAGGAGCGGGAGUUCACGUUGGAAUCCCAGAGGAGGGAGAGAGAAGCAGCUAUGGAUGCUGCUGAGGAUAGGAAGGCCCAUAUCCGCCAGGCUGACCUAUCUCGUCAAAAGAACCAGGGCCUAAGUGAACUGGAGGCCGAGGCCAAGGAAAGAGCUCAGUACCUGCUGGAGAGGGCCAACGCCAUGAGGAUGGAGCAGGAGGACGAGGUCAAGAAACUCAAUGAGUUGAUCCUGGGUGCCCGGUGCCACGCGGUGAGGGAUGCCCAGAUCCUGGAGAGGCAGCAGAUCCUGGCUGAGCUACAGGAGGAGGAGAGGCGGCUGGAUGCCAUGAUGGAGGUGGACCGCAGGAGAGCCCUGGAGGCCCAGGAGCAAAUCGAAGAGCUGCGCAAACACCAGAGGAUCCAGGGAAAGCAGCUGAUUAUAAACCAGAUUGAGGAGCGUCUGGAGGACAGGAUGCUGCAGAAUGAGAUGAAGGAGCAGGAGGGCCAGCAGAUGCUGGAGAACCUGGAGAAGAUGCAGAUGGAGGAGCUGGAGGCUCUGGAGAGGAAGAAGGAGGAGCAGCAGCGUCUGCAGCAGGAGAUCCUCCGUAUCAACGAGGACAGCCUGCUGGCCAAGGAGCGCRACAAAGAGGAGGAGAGACUGGCCGACCUCCGGGCUAUGGAGUACACCCACAAGAAAAUGGAGCGGGAGGCUGAGUACGAGGCUGAACAGAGACGCAUCAAGAGAGAGAAGGAGAAGGACGUGGCCAGACUGCGAGCCCUACAGGAGAGAGAAAAAGACCACAAGGCAGAGCAGGAUGAGUUUCGAGCCAGGAGGAACCAGGAGGGAGCAGAGAGGGAUUGGAGGAGAAAAGAGAAGGAGCAGCUCAAAAAGAAGGUGGAUGUUGAGGAGAGGUUGAAGGCAGCUCGCUUGGAGCAGGUCACACAUAAGGAGCACCUCCUAUCCAUCGAGGCUGGGCGAGAGAGGGCUGAGUUUGACAGGGUUUUGAGGGCCCAGCAGGUAUCCAUCUGUAAGGAGAAGGACAAGGAGGAGAAACACAGGAUCAAGGUGUUGCGCCACGCUGACGGGGUGCGCCAGCAGGUGAGGGAGCGGGAGAUGCAGGCCAUCGCCCUGCGCAGGGAGGUCUACAAAGAGGGAGACCGGCUGGAUGAGGAGGCCCGCCAUCGCCGCAUCCGCCUUGAUGAGAUCAAGGAGAAGAAGCUCAGGGAGCUCAAGGCUGCUGGACUUCCAGAGAAGUAUUGCAAUGAAGUGGAGAGACGGGUGCAUGCUCUCCCUGCUCUGGCUCACUAGCGUGACUGACAGACUGCAACACACCCUGAUCUUUAUCAAAGAUUUCACAAUAGAGAUAAAUUGGCACUGCCAUCACACUUUCUGACAGGGUAGAGAAAAUAAUUAGUACAGGGUAUAAAUCUAGUGCAGCACCGGUGUGUUAGUGAUCAUUAGAUAAUUUCUGAAUAAAGAUGACUAUUACAAACUAUGAAUAUUUAUAAUUGUACUGUAGGCUUGACCUUAAGUAGUGCACAUUAACUAUUCAACAACUGAUUGGAGCAAAAAUAAAAAUGUAUUGUUUAUAUAUUGACUUAAAUGUGAUUUUAAAAUAUUAUUUUUUGUUUGAUCAAUUAAUUGGACUGUGCCUAACAUAUUCCAGUCAUACAGAACCCAAGAUUAUUUGAUCAACAGGAUAUCAUUUUUAUUUAGUCUUUUAAAUGUCCCUUUCAGCAUGGCUUUUAUGGCAAUGUUUAUUGUUAAUAUGCAUGAUAAUAGAAAGGUAUGUUCAGAGAUUAGGAUGACACUUUACACACAGC